AUGUUGUGUCUCCAGCGAUGGUAUCCCCAGCUAACGGUGGGGUUUUUGUGUGGUGGUUCCUCUGUCUUGGCUUUGCUGACAGCUUUAGGUCCUGGAAGCUUGGUUGAUGGGCCAAAAGAUGGAAACCUUGCCCAUAUCCCGGUUGCCAUCACCACCUCAUAUUGUCCUUAUAUUGUUGUAAACUCUCCAGAUCGAUACUCUUACAACUAA